AUGAGUAAGAAUCCCCCCGCACAAAAGGAGAAGUUGAAGGCGGUCGUCAUAUCGACUGCCCAAGAGUUAAACGUCGAUGUAGAUUUACGGCGAUUGCAUGAGGCGUGUAGUUCCCUCGGCGACUACAUCGCACCGUUCAUGAAGCGUGUCAGGUUGGAGCUGCAACGCGUCAAGGACGGCGAGCAGGCGGAUGUUCCCGUGGUUCCUUUAUUUAUCCACGGUGCAAUUCCGUACGGCGAGAUAAAAACCCUCUUUUUAGAUGUUCUCUCCACCUACCCGUUUCUUCGCGUCAUUCAGCUGCACCGCUGCGCCGUCGGCGAUGACGGUAUUCUUACCAUUGUAGAGUUUAUCCGAUCGUACAGACCGUCGCCGGAUCGAAAUCCGUUUGGCAUACAAUGCCUUGAGGUCCCUGAAUGCCUUAUAGGGCCCGCUGGAGCCAAGCACAUUGCCAAACUACUGAGCGAAAGCGACACCAUCACGCGGUGCAUGCUCGACUUCAACCCCUUAGGUGACGCCGGUGCUCAGGCCAUCGCCAACGCAGUGCGAUGGAACGGGACACUGGAGGAUCUUUCGCUGCAGUACUGCGGCGUCGGAGCCUCCGGUGCGGAGGCCCUGGCGGAGGGGGUGCUGCGAUGCUCCAACGUUCGUGUCUUUUCGCUUCGAGGCAACCCCAUAGGGCCUGAGGGGAUGAAACGCAUUGGGGCUGCCCUUGGCAUAGGCGGGCGCAUUGAGGCUAUUGACGUCGCCGGCACCGGCUUCGGUGGGUCGUACCAGGCGGUGGAGGCGUUUUGCCAAGGUGCGGAAAGUAGCGUUUCCCUCACAGCGGUGGACAUGGACUACAACGUGCUGGUGCCGGAGGCGGCUGCGUUGAUUGCGUCUGUGGUGUCACGAAACAAGCGCCUAGUCCAGUUUCGCGUCAAUGAACGCAUGGAUGCGCAGCAGUUUCUCAUGAUACAGAACGCGCUUGAACAGAAUGGCAAAGGUGCCAAGAAGAAGAAGAAGCGGCGUUCGAAGGCGUGA